ACGCUUGCAGUUGGUCUACGUGAACUACGCUGAAUGAGCGGCGCCGGUCUGACCGGCGGCCAACUACUCUGCAGUAUCAGGUGGUGCCCGCCAAAAUGUCUCACUUGGAGAGCCUGGUGCUCUGUCGAGAGGCCCAAGUGUCCACUUUGCAGUCCCUGUUUGGAGAGAGAGAACACUUCAGCUUUCCGUCCAUCUUCAUUUACGGACACACUGCCAGUGGGAAGACCUAUGUGACACAGACAUUGUUGAAAACUUUAGAGCUCCCACAUGCCUUUGUGAAUUGUGUUGAAUGUUUUACUUCAAGGCUACUUUUGGAACAAAUUUUAAACAAGCUGAGUCAUCUUAGUUCUUCAGAGGCAGAAUGUUCUACAGAAACGACCUGUGAAACAUUUAAUGACUUUGUCCGGUUGUUUAAGCAAGUGACCAGUGCUGAACAUCUCAAGGAUCAGACUGUGUAUAUUGUUCUGGAUAAAGCUGACUAUCUGAGAGACAUGGAAGCAAAUCUCUUGCCUGGGUUUCUUAGGCUGCAAGAGUUGACUGACAGAAACGUGACUGUUAUCUUCCUCAGUGAGAUUAUUUGGGAAAAAUUUCGUCCAAACACUGGAUGCUUCGAGCCAUUUGUCUUACACUUCCCUGACUACAGCAUAGGGAACCUUCAAAAGAUCCUGUCCCACGAUCAUCCUCCAGGGUAUUCAGCUGACUUUUACUCUGCCUACAUUAAUAUUCUCCUUGGAGUUUUCUACACUGUCUGUCGAGAUCUGAAAGAGCUCAGACACCUGGCAGUGCUUAAUUUCCCCAAAUAUUGUGAGCCUGUAGUUAAAGGAGAAGCAGGUGAACGUGAUACUCGCAAACUGUGGAGAAAUAUUGAACCUCACUUGAAGAAGGCCAUGCAGACGGUGUAUCUGAGGGAGGUCUCAAGUUCCCAGUGGGAAACAUUACAGAAAAAUGACACAGACCCGGGACAGCUGAAAGGUCUCUCGGCGUACACCCACGUGGAGCUUCCGUAUUACUCCAAGUUUAUUCUUAUUGCUGCAUACCUUGCCUCUUACAACCCCGCGAGAACGGACAGGAGGUUCUUCCUUAAGCAUCAUGGAAAAAUCAAGAAAACUAACUUUCUAAAGAAACAUGAGAAGACAAGCAAUCAUCUUCUUGGACCAAAGCCAUUUCCACUGGACAGAUUAUUAGCAAUACUAUAUAGUAUAGUGGACAGCAGAGUGGCUCCCACUGCAAAUAUCUUCUCCCAGAUUACCUCCCUAGUGACUCUUCAGCUGUUAACCAUAGUUGGUCAUGAAGAUCAACUUAAUGGACCAAAAUACAAAUGCACAGUUUCUCUAGAUUUCAUCAGAUCUAUUGCACGGACGGUGAACUUUGACAUAAUAAAAUACUUGUAUGAUUUCUUGUGAAAACAAGCUUCAAAGCCAUAUGGACACUGUGACAAUGACUAAGCCAAGCUGUGUUCAUCCAACUACUCGGUUGGCCAGGGAAAGGAGUUCUUUGGCUCUAUUGGAUUUGUCCAAACAGGUGCUGGCCCAGCAUGGAACCUGAUGAAAAUCCUCUGAUUGGUCUGGGUAGAUGUGAGCAGAAGACUAUUUACCAGGGGCCCGGGAGUAUUUGGAAGCAACGUGUUAAUUAUAAACAGCAGGGUUUGAGCACAAUCUGUUCUACUCUUAAUGAUGUUAUCUUAACACUGAAAUUGCCUGAAACCCAUUUACUUAGGACUGUGCUUUGCUCUAUGAACUAUCCCCUGCGCUUUGAACGUGCCAGCAGCCCUUGUUUGUUUGCCCAGCCUUUUCACUUCCUCUCCACGGGAGCCGCUGCCAGCUCUUGCCAGAGCAGAUUUCCUAAGGCCACUGUUUUAGAAGAUCAUGGUUGCUAAAGUAUGCGCUGUAUAUGCUUAUGGUUUACCCUGGUUUUCCCAAACACAAGGCAGCUUGUUCAUUGUACACACAACAGCUUCAUGUCUGACUCUGCUUGCUGCCCUGACAGUACUGUCACUCUUGUUAACCACCAAUGGCUUUUUAGAGAAUGUUGUUUUCCUUCCUUUUUGCUUUUGAGUCACUGAGGUUUGAGAGCCCCACAAUAAAAUUCUUCCUCUUACAUUGUA